UUACCCAAUAACAGCUAAUAUAUUUUCAUAUUUUUAACAUUUAAAUCGUGACUUUUAGUAUUAGAUAAGCAAAAUAAACCUUAUAAUUUUAUGUAGUCCCAAAUUAUUGAACAUUUGACAGACGCUACAUGUACACUGUACACUGUGACUGUACAGUUAUAGUUAUACACCGCCAUCUUGCGUAUACAGUGUCAAUUUAGAACAGUUUGGGUCUAGUUUGGGUGUUGUAAUUCCGUACAUUGUGAUGUGAAAUUUUGAAAUCAUACUUCCUAGUGCUUGAACUUUAUCGUUUCAGUGCUAGACGAAAAAAAUUGUGCAAGUAAUGUGAGUUUGGAACUAAGAAAAUGAGUGAGUUAAAACAGGUGAAAGUGGAUAACUGGGGAAUAUACUUCCUCCAGAAGUUAAAACACUUUUUUAACCGAACGGAUUAUUGUGAUCUUACCCUCCAAUUUCAAGACAAUGCUCAGUUAAAAGUUCAUAGAUUGGUUUUAAAUGCAUGCACAGAGUACUUUGAGAUACUGGAAAGAACAUGUGAAAUGUAUGAAGAUUGCUUAAUCAUGCCUGAUGACUUGCAGGCUGAUGUUGUUGUACCAAUAGUCAACUUUAUGUAUACUGGUCAGUUAGAAUUUAAAAUGGAUCUGCUAGAAAAGUUAUAUCAAACAUCGGUAGUAAUGAAUAUUCCUGUAUUAACAAAACUUUUGGAUUCACACCGAGUUAAAAAUUUACCAUUAAGAACAAAUCCAAUUGCAAAAAGAUAUUCUAGAACUCCUAAUACUAAGAAGAAACCCAUUAUGACCUCACCUAAAACUUUACCCAUUAAUCUACCUAAAAAGAGAAAUUAUCAAACUGCCUUUGAAGAUAUAAAUUUUUCAAGUAAAGAUAAGAGUACUAUUGCAGAUCUAGUUGUUGCUAAUGGGUUUUUACAUGAUGAAAUAGCAAAGCAAACUACUAAGCUUAAACCUGUUAUAAAGGAUCCUAAACCAACCCGUUAUGAACUACCAAUGGAGUUGGAUGGGGAUGGUAUUUUUGAAAAUUCUUUUACAAGCAUAUCUUAUGGCUCUAAACCCUUAAUGGUACAUCCUUCAAGCACAAAACAAUAUGCGUCUAACAAAAGUAGACUAUUUGAUGAGCCUUCAAGUUCAAAGACAUUUUUAAGUGGUAAUUCAACUAUUGACAUUGUUGAAUGUAGAAAGAUUACAGAAAGUGAAGAAUAUGAAAAUGAUUCAAGUGAAACCAUUCUCGGGGAUAGCUAUGAAGCUCAUAGCUUAAAGAAAGAAAAAAAUAAAGACUCAAGCCAACUUUUUGAUCAAAUUUUAAUCAAUGAUUCACCGAGGGUGGAAAUUGAAGCCAAAGAUCGGAAACAAAUUGGAAAUUUAGAUCAUGCCAAAAUUAUUAGUGAAGUUCUCAAGAGAUAUCCACACUUGGUAAAAUCUAAUAAAAAUAUAAAGCUUAAAAUUUUAAAUACACAUAAUAAGCCUAAAAAAUUAGUCAAACCAAAAAUUGAAGUCCCAGAUUUCACAUAUGAGUCUGAUGUUGUUGAUUCUAAGGAAGCAGCUCGUCUUAUAGCCCUUGGGGCUGAAAAUGUUAAGGGUCCAUGGAUUUGUCUAAUAUGUGGGACUCCAGGUAGAGCAUUGCAUUUCACUACUUAUUACAAAUAUCGACGUCAUCUAGUUGAUGUACAUCGCGAGAAACCUGUCUCCACUAUGUGUGAAUAUUGUGGUUUAAAGUCUACUAAACAUAAUUAUUUGUUGCAUCAUAUGUACACAAAGCAUGGUAUUGAACCACCCCCUGUAUACAAAUUCCCAAAAUGUAAUGUUUGUGAUUAUGUUGCACUGACAGAAAACCUUUUAGUUAAACAUAAGUUAUCACAUACAGAGAAUCGCAAAUUCCGUUGUACAAUUUGCUCUGCUACAUUUCGUUCAACAAAUUUACUUAUGUCCCACAUCCAAAAAACUGGACACAAAUAUUCUCUAGGCAGUAAAGUUGUACCACAAUGUGUUUAUUGCUCAAAAAAAUUUACUCGUGACAGUAAUCUCUACUCACACUUGAAAACUUUCCAUUAUAAAAAUGCUAGAAGUGAUGGAAUAAUUGAGGAAUCUGAUGAAGAAAGGCAAUUAGGAGAAAUUGGAAAGGAAGAAGAACCAAAAUAUAUAGAAGUGGAAUUGCCAGCCUAUGACACUCAAUCUGAAGAAAUGUAUGGCAAGGAAUUGAAACCGGAACAAGGUAAUAUAGAGAUUGUCAUGACUAAGAAGUCAAUUACAACACAGAAAAGCAAAAUAUUAAAUAGUAGCUUCUCUAAAUUACCUUCAGUUAAUAAAGGCUCAGCUGGUGUUCAAAAUGUAUUGAAUAAAAAUGAAUACAUACAAACACACACACCUAAAAAGAAACAAGAAAUUGUUGUAAUUGAUAAUAAUGAAUACAUUCUCCAAGAUUUCCAAUUAAUUCCAAAGCAAGAACACACAAAUGUGAGCUUUUUAUCAGACAAUUACCAGACAGAAACUGAUGAAAGAAUGGACUUAGCAAGACAAUCAACAUCUGACUACUCUGAAAUAUAUGAAACCAAAACAGCAGAUGCAGAGAUGUUAUUGAAAUCUCAGACAAAUGUUAAUGAACCAAUUCAAAUUGUUGUUUCAAAUGAAGAAGAAUACAAUGCCUUAUUAUCCUCAAACCAUUCGAUUAUUUUUGAUAACACCAAUGCCAAUAAGUCAUUAACAGUAUUAACAGCACCAAGUACUACCAUUGCAAACCCAAAUAUGGCUAUCAAUAAUGCAUCUUCAAAUAAUAAUAAUAUGAUGCUCAUACAGGAAGAUUAUACUUUAAAUACAACUAAUACUAAUUUAUCAGAUAAUCCAAAUAUAGUAGUUGUAUAUGGCCAUGCCACUGAAGGAAACAGCAACCAAUACCAGUUAAUUGCAACCUCACAAGGUAUUGAUACUCAGUAUAUCCAAUCAACUGCUAUUUUAACAAAAAAUUUGGAGACUAUAUCUACAUCGAUAGCAAGUGCACAUGACAUAUCUCAUAUUGGGGCAAUCACAACAAAUGCUACAUGGCAAAAUAAUAUACAAGAUACAGAAAUUAUACCUAUUCCUAUGAGUGAACAAGUACAACAUUCUGAAGAUGCUAAUGAAGAUGAAGAACAACACAAUUUGAUUCAACUUCCUGAAGUAAACAUGCAUGUCACACAGGAAAUACAACAAGAAAAUAUUUCUUCCCUACCACUUCAAACAGAGAUGUCUCAUGUUGAUAUUAUUGAAAAUACUAAUAGUCAAGUAAGUUUUCAAAAAGAUUCUGCAAUGAUUGCUUCAAAUGCUUAUGAAAUAGGAACUGUCAUACCAAAAAGUGGAUCAUCAACUGUGAUCCAAACCAUAGAAUCUAUAGGGGAGGGUGCUUCAGCAGAUAUUGUUGAUCAUCAACAGAAUCAAGACAUUGUGAAUGAAUCUAUAUCUAUGAUUUCAGAACCAGCUUUAGAAAUUAGUGUUGCUGCCAAACUGGAUUCCAAUGAAUCAAUUGUAAAUAAUGAAAAUAUAAUUGUAAUGCACAGCUCAGAAGCUAACGAAAACUCAGUUACCAUGAGUAACCCUUCUGUUGAAAUUAUACCAAUAAUUAAUGAGGCAGAUCAAAGUGAAAUAGAUAAUGUCAUGUUACAGACUAACACCCAAAAUGAUUUAAUGACUGAUCAUCAUACAAACAGUGAACAUACUGAUGAGCCAUCAGAAAAUGCAACCAUUCUAAAUGAAGAUGAAGAAACAAUUGAAAAUAUUGCAAAAGACAUUGGCAUUGAUCCUAGAACUUUCAAAAAAAAUAAAACAUGUAUAGCAAGUAAUGAAUGCAGCAAAGGUGAAAUUGUACAGCCUCCUCAAAUAGCCAGUCUUGCAUCAGAAUGGUCGGAUGAUGAAAAUGAGUUAACAGGAGGUGCUAAGAACAAAGUCAAUCAAAAUAUUGUGACACAAGAUAUUCAAGCCAAUAAAAGUUUGCCAGAAUGUAUUAAAAAUGUCAUCAACAAUGACAGUAAUGAUAAAAUUAUAAGAGAUAGUUCUGGAUCUUUAAAAACAGAAGACAGUGAGAGAAUCCAAGAAAGUAUACAAGAACCACAGAAAAAGCUUUCUUCUCUUCUCAAUGAUUGGGAAGAUAAUGAUUCACAAGAUAAUCUAGAGACAAAAGAAAAUGAUUCUCCUAUGGGUGUAUUAGUUACAGAAGAAGUGGUAGAAACAGAACAAAUAGCAGAGAACACACCAGAGGUACAUGUUGAAUGUGAUACAAAACAUGAAAACAUAAGGAGUCUUGUAAGAGACUGGGAAGAUGAUGAUGACGAAACUAAACAAUGAUGAGAUUUGAAAAAUUUAAAACAAUGUGGAUAAAUAACAAAACAAAUUCAUUUUGACGUGAAAAUAUAUAAAAAAAAGAUAGCUAAAAUAACUAAAGAUAGUAACAGAAAUAUACAAUCCUCUGGUGGAAGUCUAUCCAAAAAAUCAAUAGUAUUUUAUGAUUAGAAACUAAAGCUUACAAAGGUAAUUGUAACAGAUAUUUGACUGUGGAAAACACAUACUGUAUGUUUUUUUGUGUUUUAUGCAUAUGCAUGCAUAUUAGUGCAUACUAAUAACAGAUAGUUACAAGGUUUUUUAAAUCAUAUAUUUGAUCAGGAGUCCAAAUGGAAAUAUGAAUUCUGUCUGAUUAUAUUAAUAAUUUAAUAAAAGAAAUAAAAUAUUUCAAGUAAAUAUUCUCAUACUUAGAUUAACACUUGUAUAUAGGAUAUAUUAAGUAAUUACCUAGAUAAGUUGUAUUAAGUUUAAGUCAUAGAUUUUGUGAAGUUUGAAAAUUGGAUUAUUAUCUUUAAUAUAAAUUCAACUUAUUGAUCUUAAAUAUAUUUAAAUUAUGUAUGUAGUGCCUGUUGAUGAUUAGAACUAUGUUAGCCAUUAGUAUAUCCUAAUGUGUAAUAUUUUACAAUGUAUUAAAGUUUUGUCACAAAAAAAAAAUUUACUACUUUUUACCUACACAAAGUUAUUAGUAUUAGAGCUGGCCACAGUUUGCAUUCACCAUAUGUGACAUCCAGACCCCUUUGCAUUUUGAAUGUAGUCAGAAGAAAAGCCACAGCAUGUGCCUACAGAGCUCAUAAUGUGGCUGAACAAUUUGCACAUGGCAUCGAGUGUCACUUUCUACAGCCUGCAGCAGUCUGAAAACUUGGAGUAAGAAGAUAAACUGACAGGCACAAUCUAAUUGGAACAUAUAUUGCAUUAUGUUAAUAGAUUUUUAAAAAGUAA